GGGUCCGGUGGUUGUGCUCAGAUAAAAAACCCUGCAUUUCACUUUCGAUUUCAGUUAAACCUAAAGGAGAACACACUGGUGACUUCGUUGUACUUUGAAAUUAAACCACGAUGAAAACGUUGAUUUUAUUGCUCCUCUUUUGUCAUGUCUCAUCAGCAGUGAAACACUCGCUGAAAUAUUUCAUCACUGGAUUCUCUGGAUUCACAAACCAUCCAGAACUUGUGGCUGUUGCAUCAGUUAAUGGCAUCCGGAUUGGAUACUGUGACAACAGGCACGAGAAGUUACAAUUAAACCUGGACUGGGAGAAAAAAGUCUUUGAAAAUGAUCCUGAUCAAUUCACGUUUUACAAUCACUAUUGUUUUAUGGAGUAUCCUGACGUCUUCAAAUCAACGAUGUCCAUUCUGAAGCAGGUGUUCAACCAGAGUGAAGGUGUUCACAUUUUACAGCUUAUGCAAGGCUGUGAAUGGGAUGAAGAGACUGGAGAGGUCGUUCCCUUUAAACAGUAUGGUUAUGAUGGAGAAGAUUUCAUUGCUCUGGAUAUGAAGACAUCAACAUGGAUCACUCCAAAACCUCAGGCCGUCUCCAUCAAACUGAAAUGGGAUUCAGACAUAGGGAGAAUAAAUAACAACGGGGAGUUCUUCACUCAGACUUGUCCUGAGUGGGUGAAGAUGUAUUUACACUAUGGGAAAAGCUCUCUGUUGAGAACAGACGUCCCCUCAGUGUCUCUCCUCCAGAAGACUCCCUCCUCUCCAGUCAGCUGCCACGCUACAGGUUUCUACCCUGACAGAGCCAUGAUGUUCUGGAGGAAAGAUGGAGAGGAGAUUCAUGAAGGAGUGGAACAUGGAGAGAUCCUCCCCAACCAUGAUGGAUCCUUCCAGAUGAAUGUUGACCUGAACAUUUCAUCAGUCUCACCUGAAGACUGGAGGAGGUACGACUGUGUGUUUCAGCUCUCUGGUGUGGAGGACGACAUCAUCACCAAACUGGAUGAAACACAGAUCAGAACCAACUGGGGUAAGAGCAUCAUCAUCAUCAUCAUCAUCAUCUCUGCACUGGUUGUUGUUGUUGUCGUCUUUUCAGCAGCUGCUGGAUUCAUGGUUCAUAAAAAGAAACAAGACCAAAAGGCUCCACCUGACCUUACAGAUAGUGAAGACAGCUCUGAGCUCUCUGAGAGACUGGAUCCAGGAACCUGAUGGAGUUGAUUCAUAACUCGUUAGUCUGUCAACCAAACUCAGCAUCAUUUUCUGCUCUAUAAUGUUCUGGCUUUGCUACAGCUUUGCACACUUAUAUGGUAACCAUAGUUACUAUAGAUCCACUGUUGAGGAAGCACUCCCUUUUGCAUGGAUGGGGUCAAGACAGUAUUACAGACGUGGAAAUAGUAGAAUCAGGGCUUCCCCUUACAGUCCGUAUGGUGCUUUGGCAGAAGUCCCAGUGCUGAUAUCUGGAAUUAUUCUCUGUGUAUUGGAAUAAAUCGACUCAAUUGGA